AUGCAUUGCACUUAUUUAUUAAAAUUUCAACUUAUAUAUUUUUACCAUGGAUAUAGCUCUUUAAAUAAGUAUUUAGAUGAAAAAUGCAAUCUUGGAAAAUUAAAUAAAGCAAAUUAUCGAUUAUUAUCGAGUUAUAAACAGGAUAAGUACUCAUGUAUUGUAAAUUUUAAAGAAAAAAUACCAAAAAAUGAAGAGAAAGAAAAAAAAAAAAAAAAUAACAAUGCAAAAAGAACAAAUGAAAAACAAAAAUCAUCAUGUAGAAGUUCUUUAUAUAUGGAGGAUUACGUUAAAAAUAUUGAAAAAAAUGGAUGUGGUAUAUCUAAAAGAAAAAAAUAUUUUGGUUUUGAAAAAAAAAUAUUUAAAGAACUUGAUUAUAAAGAUUACCUUAAAAACAUAAAGACAAUUGAAGUUAAGACAUAUAAAAAAUUAAAACUUAAAAAGCGCAUAAUACGAAUAUCUUUAAUUUUGUUAUUUUUCUUGGUGUUGAUGUUACCCAUAUUAGAUUGUUUUUUACAGAAAUUUGGAAAUGAGGGGUUGUUAAGUUUAUUAGGCUUGUUAUACACAAAUGUGAAUGCAGAAAGUGGAGAUGUACUUAGGCUAGGGGGAUAUUUGACUAAAAUGUUCGACAUGGAUGUUUGGGGUAAUUUAAAAGGAUUACGUGAUAUAACUAUAUUGUUUUAUUGCAUAUCUUUUUAUAUAUUCGUUGUCAUUUUUAUAUUGGGAAUGGUUUAUUACUAUACAAAAGUUAUAAAAUAUGAAAAUAUCAAGUUCAAAAAAAGAUUACAUAAGAAGUAA